AUGCGCAUCUUCUCCUCCUUGCUCCUCCUGGCCGCGUCGGCGUCGGCAGCAACACCAGCAAGAGGACGUCCGGGACACAAAUGUCUCGUAUCGGGCGACGAAUCGGCAAUCAACACGGCCCUCGCCAGCGGCGGCAGAGGCGCAACGGUACUUCUGUGUCCUGGAUCCGUACACCGUCUCGCCUCCCCAGUGCGAUUUACAGCGCCAGAGCAGACUCUGACGACGGCCGGCAAGGCGACGGGCCAUGACCGCGCGCUCCUCACUGUCGAGGGGGCGGACAUGGCCACUGCCAUCUUCGCCGACUGCAAACAGUGUGGCCAAGCCACAAUCUCAAACUUGGCGAUUGACGGGAACCGUCCCCAGCUGCUGCGUGUGCCCAACGGCGGAGCGCUCAUCGAAAUCGGCAACGCCGAGGGGCAGAGGGUCACUGGCUGUCGCCUGUACGAGCCCCGUGGAUGGAGUGCACUGCAUGUGCGUGAGGGCGAUUCGCUCAACUGCCGCCAGUCGUACAUUGCCGACAACACCAUUGGACCUUGUGGCGAAGAAUGGGACACCGACUAUGAUGGAUUCAUCGAGAAAUCGCCUCCUUGGGGCAACCCACGUGCCGACGGUAUCAGUGUGGCGUGCAAGGACUCACUCGUUGAGCGUAACGUCGUCUUUGACACGACGGACGGUGCGAUUGUUCUGUUCGGCUCGGCCGGCACCGAGGUGCGCGAUAACGAUAUUUACUCGCGCACACGUAUAGUCUUGGGUGGUGUCAACCUCGUCGACUACGACCCAUGGGCGGGCGACUACACCGGAGUCAAGGUCCACCACAACCGCCUCCAUGCCCUUGGCCGCUACUUCAAGGUCGGCAUCGUCCUUGGCCCCUCGUCCUGGAGCGACGACACGGAAACGACGGUGCACGGCGCCGAGGUGAGCGACAAUGUCUUUGACGGCCAACACUUCGGCUACGCCAUUGUCGUUGCCAGUUCGUCCGAGAUGACUGUCGUGCGCAACACGGUCACCGAGGACUCGCAGUUCACCGGAGUGCCUGGAUACGACUGCCCGACCGCGCCCGAAAAUGGCAAACCCACCGCCUUCCUCAUCAACCGUGGCAGUGCGCAAGGCACGUACCAAGAGGACUUUGUCAAUGGCGAGGUGCAGCACAUCAUUUGUGUCCUCCCUCCCGAUGCCAACGGCCGGCCUUACCGUCCGUGGCGCAUGCGCGACUCGCCUGCAUCCAUCGCCGCGGCCGACGCCGAGGAACGCGAGGGCGCUGUAGAGCUGGAAGGCCGCCUUGCGGACGCCCUUGUGGGAUACCAGCAUACGCUCAUGGCAGCCAUGGGUGCGGUUGAGAAACGUCUUGACAAUGGCAGUGUGGCACUGAAAAAGGCCGGAGCGACAUCCGCGCCUGCUGCCAAAACCCCUCAAAAGGCGUACAAGGCCGAUACACCUCGUGGCCAACCUGUCGGCAACGCCGGGCCAGCAUCCGGGGUCGUCGGCGCCCGCCUGGCUGCGCUGGAGGCAUUCGGUGCCACCCUCCAUGGCGACGUGCAGGGCAUGUCCCUGCAGCUCGACACGCUCGCGACCCGUAUCCGCGCCAGUGCCGAGGACAACCGCCCCGUCAUCCAAGAGGUGUACAACCGCCUCGUGGCCGCGCGCAAGGAUGCCAGGGACGCGAAGACCGACCGUUCCAGCCCGCCAGCAAAGGCCAAGGCCAAUGUCAAGAGCAAGGGCAAGAGCAAGAGCAAGAGCAGCACGCGUAAGCGCAAGUCGACGUCUGAUGGCGACCACGCUUCUGAGCGCGCAGACACGAGCCUCGCAGCCGACACUGGCCGCGGCAUCGCGCGUUUCAUCAGCACCACAUCCUUCCUCUUGGUGGCGGGCGUGGUCGCCAUCCUCGUCGUGGUUGCGCGACGAUGGGUGAGGAGGGACAGGAACGACAAGAGGCUGCCAUAG